CUUGCCAUUUUGGGGAAGUUUAUCAGGAUGGGGGCACAGGAAAGACUGUUACUCAAGCCAAAGCGACUUAAUUGGAGUUGCUUCCUCUUCCUAUUGGGAAUGCUGAUCAUCGUUUCUACCUACCAGCACCUGAGGAUCCUGCAGAGCCUCCCCUCACUAUGGGUAGCAGUCUCUUCCCAGCACCCUAUGAAGCUGUCCAGCAGAGACCUCCCCAGUGUGAUAAUGGUGACCAGUGACCCUCUGAAAGCUACCUCUGAAAUGGAGAGUGAGACAUGGGUGCCCCAAUUCACAAAGGACAGGGACGAAGCAACACCUGGCCGAACAAUGGAGAACAUCCCCAGUACACCCAGAAAAACAGCCAACAUCUCUCCAACAAUUCCCAAGAAUAAAUCCAGUCCAACAGCAGCUAGUCCAGAAAGAGUGAAGGGAAACACCCCAACCACAGCCAGUGGAAUACUAAAUCACUACACUCCAGUUACAGCCAGACCAACAAUAAGGAAUUAUACCCCAACAAUACUCAGGAGAGAAAUGAAGAGCUACCACCCAAAUCAAGCAAGGGAAAAGGUGAAGAAAUACACUCCAUCCCCACUUGGUGGAACAGUUGACAAUGAUGCCCCAUCCACACUCAUGACUGUGAUAAGAAGCCGUGGAUUCAACCUAAAAACAGCAGUGAAAGACAGUGAAAUUAUGACAACCUACAAAAUGUUGGCGACCAACCCUUCCCAGAGCAUAAUGGAGAAAACCACCCCAACUAAUCUCAAGAAAAUAAUUGCUAACACCCCAACCUUCUUGAUAAAUAAUGUAGAAACAAAUACUUUGGUGGAAAAGAACACCCUGACUACCCCCAGAAGAAUGGGUAAGAACAGCUCAACCAAACCCCGGGAGUUAGUGGAGGAGAACAACCUGACAACGCCCCAGGGAGCAGCCGUGGAUCACACCCCAGACGCCUCUGAGGGGCAAGAGAUGACAAGCACCACAGCAGACAGCAGACAGGCAGAAACCAAAACCCCUGCUGCUGCCUGGAAAGGUAGGAAUCCCUCUUUCAGAACCAGUGCACCCACCUUCGGAUUCUCCUCAGCCACCUUCUGGGGGCUGACCCGGAAACUUUCCACAGCACGUAGCACCUCAGCAACUCCCAGAAACAGAGCAGAUCCAAUCACCCAGGCUCAUCAUUAUGUGGCCGUGCCUACUGCCCCCUCCCCCAGCCUGACAACAGCCAUGAUCCCAGAGGUGCCCAGUCCCAGUCCCUCAGUACUGCCCUCCAGAUGGUCAGACCUCCACCCACAGGGAGAAUACCCCCCAGACCUGUUUGGUGUGGAGAAGCGACGGCAGGGCUGGUUGAUCCUGCAUAUCUUUGGCAUGAUGUACGUGUUCGUGGCCUUGGCCAUUGUGUGUGAAGAGUACUUUGUCCCAGCCCUGGGCAUCAUCACAGAGAAACUGCAGAUCUCUGAGGAUGUGGCAGGCGCUACAUUCAUGGCUGCUGGAGGCUCUGCCCCUGAGCUCUUCACAUCCCUCAUCGGUGUCUUUAUCUCCCACAGUAAUGUGGGCAUUGGUACCAUCGUGGGCUCUGCUGUGUUUAACAUUCUGUUUGUCAUCGGCACCUGUUCCCUCUUCUCCCGGGAGAUCCUCCACCUUACCUGGUGGCCCUUGUUCCGUGACGUCUCUUUCUACAUCCUUGACCUGAUGAUGCUCAUCAUGUUCUUCCUGGAUAGUCUCAUUGCCUGGUGGGAGAGCCUGCUGCUGCUGUUGGCCUAUGCCUUCUAUGUGCUCACCAUGAAGUGGAACAAGCAGCUCGAAGCCUGGGUAAAGGAGCAUCUCAGCAAAGGACCCGUGACCAAGGUCAUGGCCUUAGGGGACCUCAACAAGGAAGGACAUGUGGCUGGAACGGCAAUGACAAGUGAUGCUUUUGAAGGGGAAAAUGGAGGACAAAGUGGAGGUAAAACUCAACUGGAAGGCGAAGGUGAAAUCGAUGCAGAAGGAAAAGGAGACAAUGAAAAUGAAGAUGAUAUGAAAGGGGAUGAAGGUGAAACUAAAAAGCAGGAAUUCAGUACUGAAAAUCAAGGUGAAGCCCAAAGUGAUGAGAAAGGUACAGAUGAUGAAGAGGGAGGUGAUAGUGAAGUUGAGGAGGAAGUGGAGGAUGAAGAAGAAGAAGAGGAGCCUUUGUCCCUGGAGUGGCCUGAGACCAGGCACAAGCAGGCCAUGUACCUCUUCCUCCUGCCCAUUGUGCUCCCACUGUGGCUGACAGUACCCGAUGUCCGGAGGCUGGAGUCGAGAAAGUUUUUUGUUCUUACUUUCCUGGGAUCCAUCAUGUGGAUUGCCAUGUUCUCGUACCUCAUGGUGUGGUGGGCUCACCAGGUUGGAGAAACGAUAGGGAUUUCUGAAGAGAUUAUGGGAUUGACAAUCCUAGCAGCAGGGACAUCAAUUCCUGACCUCAUCACCAGUGUGAUUGUUGCUCGGAAAGGCCUGGGCGACAUGGCCGUCUCAAGCUCUGUGGGCAGCAACAUAUUUGAUAUCACCGUGGGGUCUCCAAAGCCAUGACCUGUGAACAGGAGAAGAGAACAAAGCUGAUGGAAGGGAGAUCCCA